GCUGGGUUUGAUUGGCUUAAGUAGCAAAUUAUGCAUCAAAACAGCAAGAGGUUGUAUCCAAUUUACAUAAACCUUUCGUCCUCCUCACGGCAUGACAAAAAAGUAGAAGUAACCGUGGUUACUACACUUAGUAUUCCAGUAUAUUCAGAGCAUGCCCAUCCAUGAAAUACCCAUAUGUGGUAUCUCGAACAAAACAAAUAAUAAUAUUAAAAUGUAAUAUGGUGUUUGAUUAUUUUUUUAUUUAUAAAGAAAAACAAAAUCAAUCAGGGAUUGCCAUGUGUGAGAUGAAUAUGGUAAGUUUAUCUCAAAGUUUUUUAAAUAAAAUAUUUUGACACUCUUUCUCCUUUUUCUUUUUUAAGAAUUCUGAUCAAAAUUUAAUUGUAAGAACCCUAUUGAGAUAUUCGAUUGGGAAUUUGGGAUGCUCUUAUAAACUCAAAAACAAUAGUGGAAACACAAUACUGAUUUAUGCGAAGAGAUAAGCUACUCGAUUUACUAAAGAGAAAAGGAAAGAGUUAGAAAUAUUUAUAGAUAUUGGGAGCAGCUAUGAAUAUUUAUAGAUAUUUUCCUUUUUACCAUCUCAAAACUAUAACUUACUAAUACAAAAAAAUGUAAAAACAAAGAAAAGGAAAAGGGCCGAAUUAAUAAACUCUUAAUAGAAAGAGGAAAAUCGUGAUGGAAAAUAUCUUUAAAUACAGGAGACUCAAAUAAUGUUGUUACAAACAUAUAUUUGAUUACAACCUACUUUGAGGCUUCGUCUUUUAAACGAGUUCCAAGUUUCUCCCAUCAUGUACUCCGAUGAUGACAUGCUCGAUGCCUACGAUGAGGAAUCGGGAGAGUAUGAUCUUUACAGCGACGUUGAUGAUGAACACGACCCCCAUGGUGGUGAAGACGAUUCCGAUUACAUUCUUGAGGAAGUCGUGGACGAUUCUAUAACUCAUGGCUCUCAGAAUAAUUAUGUCGUACUCAAGGAAGAAGACAUCCGGAAACGACAGGAGGAUGAUAUCAAACAACUCUCUACGGUUCUCUCCAUAACCAACGCAGAAGCGAGCGUUCUCCUUCUCCACUACAGCUGGAACGUUAGUAAACUUACUGACGAAUGGUUUGCCGACGAGGAGAAAGUUCGGAGAACUGUUGGCGUAUUGGAGGGAGGAGGAGGAUCCGUCGUAGUUGUUCAAAAUCCUCGAAAAGUUAAAUGCGGAAUAUGCUUUGACAAAUUUCGUCGUAGAAAGAUUGUACCCGUUGCAUGCGGUCAUACAUUCUGUUCCACGUGCUGGAACGGUUACAUCACCACAGCGAUCAACGACGGCUCGGGAUGCUUGAUGCAAAAGUGUCCUGAGCCGUCUUGUCACGUUGCUAUCGGCCGUGACCUGGUAGAGAAGGUGGUUUCUGAGGAAGACCUGAGGAAAUACGAUCGGUAUUUUCUCAGGUCUUAUAUCGAAGAAAGUAAGAAGAUGAAGUGGUGCCCCGCUCCCGGAUGCGAGGGCGCGGUCGAUUUUUCCGCGAGCGGGACGGGUAUUAACUACGAUGUUUUGUGCUCGUGCUCGCAUAGAUUCUGCUGGAAGUGCAACGAAGACGCUCACAGCCCCGUGGACUGCGACAUGGUUUCGCAGUGGAUAAUCAAGAACAGCGCGGAAGCGGAGAAUACCACGUGGAUACUUGCUAACUCGAAGGCUUGCCCCAAGUGCAAGCGGCCGAUUGAGAAGAACCACGGAUGCAUGCACAUGACGUGCGGUCAGCCUUGCAAGCAUCAGUUUUGUUGGCUUUGUCUCGGCGCGUGGAAAGAUCACGGGGGACGCACGGGCGGGUUUUAUGCGUGCAACAAGUACGAGGAGGAUAAGAAAGAAGGACUGUACGAUGACUCUGAGAAGAAGCGACAGAUGGCGAAGAGCUCGCUGGAGAGGUACACUCAUUACUACGAACGUUGGGCGAGCAAUGAAAAGUCGAGGGGGAAGGCUUUUGGAGAUCUACAAGUCUUCUUAACGGAGAAGAUUGCGAAGCUUAGUGUGAUUCAGUGCAUACCGGAGACUCAGCUGACGUUCAUCACAGAUGCGUGGCUUCAGAUCAUCGAAUGCAGACGGGUGCUGAAAUGGACGUAUGCUUAUGGGUACUAUCUACCUGAAUCUGAGCGUGAGAAGCGGUGUUUCUUCGAGUAUGUGCAAGGGGAGGCCGAGUCUGGUUUGGAGAGGCUCCACAAAUGCGUUGAGACAGAGGCGGAGGUGUUUCAGGAUGCUGAAGAGCGGUCGGAACUAGGCUUUACCGCUUUCCGGGAGAAAUUAAGUAAUUUGACCAGCGUGACGAAGAGACACUUUGAAACUCUGGUGAAAGCUCUGGAGAAUGGUCUCUCUGAUGUCGAGUCUCAAGCGGCUUGCACCAAAGAAACAGAAUCAUUCAAAAGAGAAAUAAAAAGCAAAGAAACAAAGUCUAAAAAAAGGCGACGUGAGAGGUAAAAGGAAGUUACGUUGUUCUGCUAUAUUCUCAAUUUGUCUACACACGUUUUGUACUAAACGACCCUGGUGACUAUUUUUUAUGAAUUUUUUUGGAGUAUUAUGAAUUUGUGAGUAGUGAAUGAGCCAACCAAAAAUGUGUAAGGUACGAUUAGUGUUACAAUCAUUGAGAAUGAUAGUGUUCAUGUGAGAUACAUUUUUU